AUGGAGAAGGAUUGCGGAGAACUAGGCUGCCUUCGAACAUGCCCUUUCCAAGCUACUGGAGGGGAUAAAGAGCAACAGAGGACCCUCCUAUGCUCAUGUGGAGUUGUUGUUGCAGCUUCAGAUUUGGCAGAAAAUAAUUUGGAAGGUAAUAUGCCAGCAGAAUGGGGAAACCUGAAAGAGAUUCAUACAUUGAAGCUCAAUGGUAGGGAUGUUGAAUUUGUGAAAGUUCUUUUUAUUCUAAAAUGUAUUGAUCUUUCAAACAACUUCUUAUCGGGGAGUAUUCCUCCCAAAAUGGGAUACCUUCAAGGUUUGAUAGCCCUUAACCUUUCAAGGAAUCAUCUCAGUGGCGGAAUCCCAGGAACAUUGGGACGCAUGGAUCAGCUGGAGAUAUUUGCAGCUAGGUUGAAUGAAAGCAUUCCGUUAGAACUUGAGUUGCUGAGUUAUUUGGAGUUCUUGAAUCUAUCUUACAACAUGCUUGAUGGAAAAGUACCCCACGGAUGGCAGUUUCUAAUGUUUGGGGAGUCAUCCUACUUAGGCAAUCAUAAGCUAAGUGGGAUUCCAUUUACCAAUACAACGGUCUGCAACAACUCUUCUGUCUAUAGUAACCGCACAAGUAUUGAGACAAUUGGUGAAGCAAAGGAAUGA